AUGACUGGCACUGAGCAACAGAAGGAGGGCGAGAAGCAAUUCUCCAUUCAACCCAUCAAGGAUGAGGCCAAGGACAAGGUCUCUGCUUUUAACGCUCACCCCGGACCCGCCGUACCCAAAGACAUGCCCCAAGAAGAGGGCACCAAGGAGGAGCGCAAGGCCAAGAUGGAGGCCCUGAACAAGAAAUAA